UUGUGACGUCAUCCUUGUCGAGUCGCGUAUCUGCAUCCGAACGAUCUCACGUGGUGUUCCUCGACAGAAUUCUCGCGGCCACUAGCGGCGUAGCCGUGAAACAGCUCCCAGUGUAACCGAGAAGGGGCGGCGCGCGUUCCGGCUCGUCCAGCACUUCAGCGCGGGUGCCUUGCGUUCGAGCUGCUUCUCGUGCCAAGCUACUCACCGUUCUAAACUUCGUGCGCGGCGUGCGCUUAUCUGCAGCACCGAAGACAUCGUAUAGGCGCAACCAUUGAAUGACGCCUAUUCUCCACAAGAUCUACGCGUGGAACACAAAGGCAAGAUGCUGAAACCGGGCUUUCAACAGUAUCACCUAGUGCGAUCGGCUUUACACGCACCACGCCGGCAGCCCCUUCAGCAACGCUACACUACGCACCAUGCCGCAGUGUUCUUUCAAGGCUCUUCGAUUGCUUGUCAUAGCUUUGCGUUGUCGAAAACUGGAGAUUUGAUUUCCGAAACCAGCGCUCGGAGUCCUCGCUUCCUUCACCGGCGCUGUGCUCAUACGAUUGCCGCUUCAGCGCCCACAGCGAAGAGUGCUCGCCAGCUGCUGCGGGACGCGCCGCCGCUCAGUUACAAAGAAAGGAGCAUCGAGAUUACCACAUGCGGCGAACUAUACAAGAAAUGGCGAGCCGAAGGUCGUCGUGGGUACGAGCAGGCACCAGAGACGGGUGCUCAUGUGCCCGUUACGUACAUUCACACGGGGCUGGACCGCAUGGAACACGGCGACCGCACUGAGCGACCAUUGACCAUGAUGUUCACGGGUGCGCCGGGACAGUACCAGGACUAUAGCUACAACAUCCCUUUCCUUGACAAGAACGGCGUGGACGUCCUUUGCUUCAACUGGCCUGGCUUUGCAUUAACCAUGGCGACCGGCUACUGGUGGCACAGCUGCGAUGAGAAGACCAGACUAGUCAUCGAUUUUCUCAAGGAACUUAACAUCAAUAAGAUCGACAUGCUAGUCAGCCACAGCACAGGAAGUACUCCAGCGGUGCAGUUGGUGGCCGAGGAGCCGAGCAUCGAUGUCAAAUCCUUGGCCCUGCUUAUGCCCAUCGCAGCCCGAUACUUCAGGGGCUCCCAAAACCCGGUGCUUUUCAACCCUGCGUUUAUGUGGGCGAUGAAGAGUCGACGAGGCGUGGCCAUCAUGAUGCCCCUCUUCCAAGCGGUCAUGAGUCUGAUCAGGCACCCGACGCGGGGAAAGGCGUACGACGUCUUCUUCGCCUACCACUCGAGCAUCGGAUGUGAGGAGCAUAGGGUUGAGCAGCAGUUAACGAGAAUCCGAGACCGGAAGAUACCCACUCUCGUGGUGGUCAGCGACAACGACAGACUGCUCUCAAAGGAGGACAAUCGGACGCUGCUUCGGAGGUUGGGCUGCGAUCCCGAGAAAAUCUCUUUGUAUGGCAAGGGUGGAUGCCUCCUUCGCAGUGGUAGCGGUGACGGCUUGAAGGCAAUCGAGUUGGAGGAUGGAUCGCACUACGGAUUCGCACGCUACCCGGACAUCUGCAACAAGGCUCUGCUGGAACUAAUCACCAGGGUGCAAGGACGUUACAUUCUUGCGGACACUAGCGACGUAGCCGUGAAACAUAUGCCAGUGUCACCGAGGAGGGGCGGCCCACAUUCUAGCUCGGUGCAGCACUUCAGCGCGUAUCCCUUGCAAUCGAGCUAUACACCCGGACCAAACUACUUUCCGAGUGUUCGCCAGCUGCUGCACGACGCGCCACCGCUCACGUACAAGGAAAGGACCAUCGAGAUCACCACGUGCGGUGACCUCUACAAGAAAUGGCGAGCCGAAGGUCGUCGUGGGUACGAGCAGGCACCAGAGACGGGUGCUCGAGUACAAGUUGUGUACAUUCACACGGGGCUCGACCGCAUGGAGCACGGCGACCUCACCGAGCGACCGCUGACCAUGAUAUUGACGGGGGCACCAGGGCAUUACCGGGACUACAGAUACAACAUCCCUUUCCUCGAGAAGAAUGGCGUGGAUGUACUCUGCUUCAACUGGCCUGGCUUUGCAUUAACCAUGGCGACCGGCUACUGGUGGCACAGCUGCGAUGAGAAGACCAGACUUGUCAUCGAUUUUCUCAAGAAACUUAACAUCAAUAAGAUAGACAUGCUUGUCUGCCACAGCACUGGAAGCACUCCUGCGGUGCAAUUGAUAGCCGAGGAGCCCAGCAUCAAUGUCAAAUCCUUGGCGUUUCUUAUGGCCACCACAACCCGAUAUUUCAGGGGCACGCAGAACAAGGUGCUCUUCAAUCCUGCGUUUAUUUGGGCGAUGAAGAGUCGACGAGGAGUAGCCAUCAUGACACCCCUCUUCCAAGUGGUUGCGAAUCUGAUCAGGCACCCGAGCAGGGGCCAAGCAUAUGACGCCUUCUUCUCCUACCACUCGAGCAUCGGAUGCGAAGAGCAUAGGGUUGAGCAGCAGUUAGCGACGAUUCGAGACCGCAAGAUACCCACUCUCGUCAUGGUCAGCGGCAACGACAGACUGCUCUCAAAGGAGGACAACUGGACACUGCUUCGGAGGUUGGGUUGCGAUCCCGAGAAAACCUAUUUGUACGACAACGGCGGGCACCUCAUCCGGAGUGGUAAGGGCGACGACGUUGUCAAGGUAAUCGAGUUAAGGAAUGGAUCGCACUACGGAUUCGUACGCUACCCAGACAUCUGCAACGAGGCUUUGCUCGAACUGAUCACCAGGGCGCAAGGACGUUAGUUCAAGCAGUGCUGGUCCGGGGCUCGCGAGCGCACUCUUGGAUUGUCCUCCUGCCAGGUCGAUGUUCACCUGUACUAUGCGAUUUAUAGCUGAGUCUUCAAGCUCGCGUGAUAAGAUAUGUAUAUAUGAUGAGCUGAAGUGUUCACCUUGCGUAUAUUGUGCCUUUCUGAAAAGUACGUCCUUGAACUAUAAUACGAAUAACACUGCUAUUCUUCAGAAGAGAACGUUGCUCUAAUUC